UCCGGAUAAAUUUCUUUCUAACGCGCGCCGUAAUUGGCACAUGCAUAAUUUGUAUUGGCUCGCGUGUAAGAGGGCGAGCUGGAGAGCGGCCGGCCACUCGGCAUAAUAGCAUUACGCGCCUGUUAUUGUCCAAUUUGUCCGAACACUGAUCUCGCGAGAGACCGACUGCGUUUGAUUGCCACUGAAUACAUCCACCCAUCCAUCGUUAGCCGACCUAGUCAUAUUCUACACGCCCGACUUUUGAGCUGCCGACGUGGAGCCCUUCAAAAUCCACCCACCAACGCUGCUGCCCCCUAAGUCACCGACAAGAUGGUCCAUGGUUGCCGCUUGAACAACGCCUCGUCGUCCACAAGUACAAACGUUACAAAAUCUACAGAAAAUGCGACGUUACAAAAGGAGGAAAAUUUGAAGCUGGGCGAGACAGAAAUGGAAGUUCUUGGAAAAGAAUUCAACUGUCAAGACCAAGAACAGGUGGACUUUGAAAAGGCAAUCGAACUAACUGGAUAUGGCCGAUUUCAUUAUUUUCUGUUGGUGGUGUGCGGAUUCGUGAGCACCAGUGAGGAGAUGGACGUCGUGUCCAUGUCAUUCAUUUUGCCAUCGGCGCAGUGCGACCUAGACCUCAACACGUACACCAAAGGCUGGCUCAACAGCAUAAUUUUCAUCGGUAUGAUGGCCGGCGCGUACAUUUGGGGCUCAGUGGCCGACUCGCUGGGCAGGAAAAAGGUGCUCAUCAUUAUCUCCUUCAUGACUGGAAUUUGCAUUGUUGCUUCGAGUUUCAGUCAAAGCUACGCAGUUUUCAUGUUCUUUCGCUUUCUCAAUGGAGCCGCGUUAGGUGGUAGUGGGCCAGUGAUUUGGUCUUACUUUGCCGAAUUUCAGCCAAAAAAGAAAAGAGGCUCGAUGCUGAGCUUCAUGGCCGCUUUCUGGACUCUAGGAAAUUUAUUCGUAGCAGGACUGGCCUGGUUGGUGAUUCCGAGCACGCUGGGCUUUGUUUCCGCCAACUUCACCUACAACUCGUGGCGAAUCUAUCUGCUGAUUUGCUCGCUGCCCAGUUUCAUGGUGACUGCCCUGCUUUUCUGUCUGCCCGAGAGUCCCAAGUUUCUGCUCAGUCGAGGCGACCACGAAGAGGCGAUUGCUGUUUUCAGACACAUUUAUGUGAUGAACACCGGAAAAGAAGCGACGACCUAUCCAGUCAAAAGUCUUGAGGUGGCACUAACAAACAACCAAUUUGGAGCAGACAAGGAGAGUGCAGGAGGCAAAGUGUUUUUAGGAAUGAUUGGGGACGUGUCAAGAAAUAGCAAACAACUUUUCACGUCGCCUAUACUCAAAUUUACGAUUAUUUCAAUCGUCAUCAAUUUCUCAUUCCAUAUAGGAUAUUACGGUUUGAUGAUGUGGUUUCCCGAGUUGUUCAACCGCUUCAACGAGUUCAGCGAAGCCCACCCUGGCGAACCAGCAACAAUAUGCGGCGUCACUGAGUAUGUUGUGAAAUCCGGAAUCAACUCGGACAAUUCUGACACCUGCUCCGACAAAAUUGCGGGCUCGGUAUUUCUCGAGUCACUCAUCACGGUGGCAGCGGCCGUUCCGAGCAAUAUUUUUGCCGUUCUUGGCAUCGACCGGCUUGGGAGAAAAUUCUACCUCGUUUUCAGUACUUUUACUUCAGGAAUGUGCGCCAUUGGAUUGUUCUUUGUGUACAGUUCGACAAGCAACCUCAUUGUGUCCGCAGUCUUCAGCAGUGCCAUCAGCUGCGGAAAUGCAGCUCUAGACUGCCUCAUCACAGAAGUUUUUCCAACCAAUUUAAGAGCAACUGGAGUGGCAAUAUCAAUGAUUGCAGCAAGGUUGGGUGGAAUUAUCGGAAACAUUGUGAUAGCCACUUUACUGGACAUGUACUGCCCAGCGCCUACAUUUAUAAUUGCCUUUCUACUAAUAGGUGGCGGUCUCCUGUCCCUCUUUUUGCCAAACACAACUCGGGCCCCCCUAGCCUGAGCAUGCCAGUAAUCAACAAUGUGUGAUAAAACUUUCAAUGUCGCCAAUUUAUAAUAAAAUAUUAUAUACAUAUUUCAUAAUAAAGAAAGUGUCUCUG